AUGUUCUUGAGCGUCCGUCAUGAGUCGUAUCCGAAUUUGGAUACUUUAGUGGUGAACGGUGCGACGUUGGGUGAUCUGAGUGGCACGAAUUUAUUUGGUGAAAAUGUGCAGCAUAAACAUCUUUCGUUGGUGAAUCUUUCAACGAAUUCUAUAUCUGCGUUCGACAGUGCUACUUUCAAGGCUCUGACCGUUGUUGAAUAUUUCUAUUUGAACGAUAACAGUUUGCUGAGAGUUGGUAAAGAUCCAUUUCGUUUCUCGUACGGUCAUUAUUUCGAUUGUGCUGCAAAACGUUUGAGCAUUAGCACUCCAAAACUGAUCACACACGUUCAUUCAAAUGAUGCUGUUUAUGUGCCGUUAAUGGAUCAAAACCAAAAUUUUAAUUUCAGAUGGAAUAAACGUCUUCGAGUACUCGAUAUUUCCAAUAUCUUCUCACCAUCAGUACCACUCGAUGAACGACCGAAUAUGAUUUCAGAGAUGUUCAGUGUAUCGUCAAAUGAGUUCAUCGAUUUGCAAGAAAUUAUCCUUCGCAGUAAUUCAUUGACAUCGAUAGUGCCCGAAACAUUCUGCAAGCUACCAAGUUUGAUCAGGCUUCAUCUGACGAACAAUAAAUUAACGUCAUUUGCUUUCAAUGAUGGUUGUCUUCCGAAUCUAAAAGUGCUUGAUUUAUCCGAAAAUCAAUUAGUGAGCAUACCGAUUCGUCUCUGGGACGGAUUACCUGUACUGAACACAAUCGACAUUUCAUCCAAUCCACUUCGAUGCGAUUGCAGUCUAGCGCCAUUCAUUGAACGUUUAUCCAAAACUUCUUCAUCAUCGCUGAAUCAGGGUCGAACAACUUGUGCAGCGCCUGCAUCACGAAAAGAUCGAGUUGUGUUCGAGAUUACAGAUUUCGAUUGUUCAUCCCAUCAUCGUCUGCUAGUUUUUGCACUUGUUGUACUGUUUCUUUCAGCCGCUUUCAUGUUAGCUCGCGCUUAUCUUGGCCGGAUCAGAUUCACGCAUUUACCAUUCAUUGCCGGUUACAGUAAGCUGGGUGAGAAUGAGGCCACAGCGGGUCCACAAUUUGUUUAA